AUGGCUUCCGCAGAACCCGAAACUAUCAUGCUAAGGACCCUCACCGAGGGAGUCCCCGACACAACACAAGAACCAGCUUCAAACACAGUCUCUCAAUUUCCCAACUGCCCAAAUGGAGGCAAAGCCUGGCUAAAAGUUGGGGGCUCCUGGCUCAUUUUCAUGAACACCUAUGGCAUCGCCUCGCCUUCGGCGAUAUCAUGGAUCGGCACUACCCUAGUCUGUCUACUAGGCUUCACCGGUAUCCUUGCAGGUCCUCUAUACGACAGCGGAUACAUCAGAAGUCUGCUCGCCUUCGGUGGAUUCCUCGUCGUGUUUGGCUUCUUCAUGCUCAGCUUGGCAAGCGGGUACUUUCACAUAGUUCUGUCGCAAGGUGUUUGCAUUGGAAGUGGUUUACUUUACGUACCUGGCGUCUCCAUCGUUUCCAAUGCCUUCACCACUAAGCGCCCCAUCGCCACCGGCAUCGCAGCAACCGGAUCAGCCGUAGGCGGGGUCCUCUUCCCCAUUCUCUUCCGAAAUCUCGAGCCGCGCAUGGGAUUUCCCUGGGUCAACCGCAUCUUCGGCAUCUUGGUCCUUGUCACCUCCCUCUUCGCCCUCAUCCUCCUCCGCCCAGAUCCCAUCCCAAAUCUUGCCCGAAGGCGAGGCGGCGAGCUGCUAGACUCUUCGGCCCUGAAUGACAUACCCUACCUCUUCUUCUGCCUCGGCCUCUUCUUCGUCGAGCUCGGCUACUGGAUCCCGCCCUUCAUCGUCGCCCCUACGCCCAGCUCUCUCGGCACAAGCGCUGACUUCGCAUUCUACCUCUUAGCAUACAUGAACGCCGGCUCCCUAGCCGGACGCAUCCUCCCCGCGUGGAUCGCGCAAGUCCGCACCAUCGGGCCCGUGUGGGUCCUGAUCGUCGGGUGCCUGAGUCUCGGAGCGCUCAUCCUGGGGUGGAUUGGCAUCCGUGAUGUGACGGGCAUAACCAUCUGGGGCGUCUCAGUCGGGUUCAUGUCCGGGAUCGCUGUCGCAUUGCCGAAUGCUGUUGUGCCGAGGCUCGCGCCGUACGCCAAUGUCGUCGGGGCUAGGACGGGGAUGGUGUGGUGUUUUGUUGCGUUUGCGGCGUUGAUAGGCGCGCCGAUUGCGGGAGUUCUUGUCGAUACUGCGACGAAUGAUUAUAGCCGCGGUCAGCACUUUAGCGGGUUGAGUAUCUGUUUGGAAGCUGCGCUGCUCUGUGUACCAGCUGUCCACGUCGCUAGAAGAAAGGAGGAGUAA